GGGAAACGCUACAAUAGCUGAUCAAUCUGAGGAAUGGCCUAAGUUCAGCAACAUCCUGUGACUGUGGAGUUUUGCCGCAUUGAGUAUGCCUUCACGGUAUUGCAGCUUGUGACGCUAUUAGUCAUCUUGCGAUGAGUCUGCGCUGUUAUUCUGGUCUACUCGGCUCAUCGCAGCCUGUUCACCUCCAGCCAUGUCUCAUGACUUACUCCACCAUAGUUCCAAACAGACCAUCCUCUGUAUAUGCACAGUUAACAAGACAACAGAAGAUCAAGUUCGAUUCUACGCAAACCCGCCUGCUCCCUUAUUUCGACAAGCUCUGCGCUGAAAUGCGCACAUAUGAAAGGAGCUUCACAUUUCCGUUUUUUCUUUUCAAGAAGCCUGCCCCGCUCGGAAUCUAUAUACACGGACCAGUGGGAUGUGGAAAAACAAUGCUGAUGGACAUAUUUUACUCCUGUUGCAGCUUCCGUCAAAAGCGACGUAUUCAUUUUCAUUCAUUUAUGCGGAUGGUUCAUGAGCAGCUACAUACAUUGCGAUGCACCGCUUCUCGAAACAGGCCCUUUGAUCCUAUACCGUCCGUUGCAACUGACAUUACUAACGAAUUCAAGUUAUGGUGUUUCGAUGAGUUGCAGGUUACCGACAUUGCCGAUGCAAUGAUAUUAAGGUACCUCUUUGAACACAUGUUCCUACGCGGUGCAGUUGUCGUCGCCACAUCUAAUCGCCAACCUGAUGAUCUCUACAAAAAUGGCUUACAGAGGAUUAACUUUUUUCCUUUCAUUGAACUCUUGAAAAGAAAAUGUACGGUGCUCAGUUUAGACAGCGCAGUCGAUUAUCGUCGUGAGAUUUCUCCGGGCGACAUCGGAGUUGGUCCUGUCACAUAUUACGUCUAUGAGCAAACUCCAGACGCAGAUCAACGACUGGAAGAGUGGUUCAGAAUUCUUUCUAAAGAAGACAGACACGAAGGACCACCUUCUCCCACGGUUUUGAACGUAUUCGGGCGGUCACUUCUGUUCAAUCACACUGGAAACCGGGUCGUAAUGUGCUCGUUUAGUGAAUUAUGUGAAAGGCCACUUGGAGCAGCGGAUUACACGAGUUUGUCAACUCACUUUCACACACUGGUCCUUCUCCGAGUCCCGAAAUUUCGCUUCGCUAAUUUGGCGAUGUUAAAACGAUUCACCCAUCUCAUCGAUGUGCUGUACGACAACCGAGUUCGUCUGUUAGUUGGCGCUGAAGCUCCUAUCGAUACACUUCUCUGCACAGUUGCUGAGCCGUCGGAUGCGCUUUCUGAUAGACGACGCCAGCUAGCCGACGAUCUGGGUCUCGAUGCAGGGAGCAGAAAAGCGGGAGUUGUUUCAAUGUUUUCCGGCUGA